AGAAAAAUCUGUUGUACCACGUAAACACGUUCCCCCUGUGUUACUGCAUCCUCUUCCCACCACCUCCAUUCCUUCCACUCUUUCAACUUCCAUUACACCAUUUCUAGGGUUUUCAUAUCUUCAUGGCGUCUUCAGACGAAGAAGGGGAAAUCGUUCCCGAUUUCGUAACAAACUACCACUUCGUCAACUCACAUAACACACUCAUCUCAUUCUCACUCUUACCGCUUCACUGGAGCGAUCAUGACGUCGAAAACGGCGACUUACAGGUUGCGUUUUUGCACGGAAACAUAGACGGAGGUCUGCAAUCAGUCUACAAGGAAGUAAUCGGGUGGAAACUGGAGCUAUCUUACGCACAGCCUCACGUUUGCGUGUUAUCCAAGGGGAAAACGUGGAUAAACCUCCAUAAACCGAGGAAAAGUUACGAGUGUCACGUUAAGAGUGUGUUGAUUGUUGCCGAUUGUCUUCAUUUUGUUAGGAGGAACCCUCAGGCUGUUCAGAAAGAGAUUUUGAGUCAUUUGAUGAAAAGUUGGAGUUCGGGUGAGUUUCGUGAGCCUCUGGAGAAGUGUCUAGCAACUCACUUGCCGUUGAUUCGGAUUGCUGUGGCUAGAGACAAGGAUUUGGCGAAAUCAGAGUAUCUUAAAGCAUUUCUAAUGGAGGUUGAGAAUCCUGUGACAAGAGAAGCUCUUUGUGAGGAUAAUCAAACAUUAAAAAAGUCUAAGUUCAUAGUUCCUGACGGGGAAGAGGAAGAGGACGAUGAUGUGGACGUGGAUGAUGAGAUUGAUGAUGACUCGGAUGAACUGUUUGAUUCUGUUUGUGCAUUCUGCGACAAUGGCGGUGAUGUUCUCCUUUGUGAAGGAAAAUGCAUGCGAUCUUUCCAUCCAACCGUAGAUGCAGGACUUGACACAUGUUGCGAGUCCCUUGGCUUUGAAAAUGCAGCUCAGUACGAGGCAGUCCCUACUUAUCUUUGUGAUAACUGUAAACACCAGAAACAUCAGUGCUUUGUUUGCGGAUCGUUGGGUUCCUCUGAUAAGUCUUCUUCUGCUGAGGUCUUCCCUUGUGUUUCUGCAACUUGCGGGCAUUUUUAUCAUCCUGAAUGUGUUGCAAAUUUGCUCUACCCAUCUGAAGCCGAUGGAGCCUUGGCUAGUCAACUUAAAAGUCAAAUAGCUGAAGGAAAAUCGUUCACGUGUCCCAUCCAUAAGUGCCAUAGGUGUCAAGGAGGUGAAAAUAAAGACGACCAUGAAUUGCAAUUUGCAGUCUGUAGGCGAUGCCCAAAGGCAUAUCAUCGGAAAUGCUUACCUAAGACAAUUUCUUUCGAGGGUAGUGCGGAUGGAACUAUCCAGCAAAGAGCAUGGGAUGAUCUCUUGCCAAAACGCAUCUUGAUGUAUUGCAGGAAGCACCCGAUCAUUCCAAGUAUCGGGACACCAAAACGGGAUCACAUUCUCUUCCCUUCACUUGUACGGAAAAGGAAUCAAGAAGGGAGAAUAACCGAGAUGAUGUCGGAAAGAAGGAGCAAUGCUUUAGGAAGUUUUAGAGUAGUUGAAACCGAAAGGAAGCCAAAAGUUGUCGAAAGGCAAUUUAAGACAGUUACUUACGGUGACACCACAUUGGAGAAACGCAAAUCUUCCACUACGUACAAAACGACAACUUCCUUUGAGAACAACAAACCCAUUCGUACGAAUUCGGAGCGACCAUCUAAUAUUUUACGAAUUAAGUUACCAAACAAAGAUAUGCACCGAGAACAACGGUUACCUUCUAAAUCAGUGAAAAAGAUGGAAGUGGAUGUGGAUUCGCCUCCUAAAUUAGACGCUGAAAUGAAAACAAAGAUUUUGAAACUAAUGGAAGAUGCUACAGCUUCAUUUGAUCCCGAAGAAUUCAUUAAAGAGAAGAAAAUGAAAUGCACUCAUAAAAUAUACGUCCCGCAGCAUGGAUUGGAUAAGACCAUUACCAUGGGAAAGGUGGAGGCUUCUGUUAAGGCUGUAAAAGCAGCCUUAAAGAAACUGGACGAUGGUGGCAGUGUCGAAGAUGCAAAAGCUGUUUGUGAACCAAACGUUCUUCAUCAGCUCGUCAGAUGGAAGAAAAAGCUAAGUGUCUUUCUCGCCCCUUUUCUCGUCGGAACACGUUAUACUUCCUUUGGGCGACAUUUUACAAAAGUAGAUAAGCUUAAAGAGAUAGUUGAUAGACUCCAUUGGUAUGUGGAAGACGGUGAUACGAUAGUGGAUUUUUGUUGUGGGUCGAAUGAUUUCAGUUGCUUCAUGAAAGAGAAGCUUGACAGCACGGGAAAGAAAUGCAAAUACAAGAACUACGACCUCAUCACCCCAAAGAACACAUUUAACUUUGAAAAAAGAGAUUGGUUUAGCGUUCCUGUAGAUGCACUACCUGAUGGUUCUCGUCUGGUAAUGGGACUAAAUCCUCCGUUUGGAGUCAAAGCAUCUCUAGCGAACAAAUUUAUAGAUCACGCUCUCAAGUUCAAACCAAAGCUCAUUAUUCUAAUCGUUCCUCAAGAAACUAAAAGGCUUGACUAUAAAAGGUCCCCAUAUGAUUUAAUCUGGGAGGAACAUGACAUGUUGUCUGGCAAGUCAUUUUACUUACCUGGAUCGGUGGACAAACAAGACCAGCCAUUGGAUGAUUGGAAUAUCAAACCGCCACCGCUCUCACUCUGGAGUCGGGCCGACUGGACCGAAAAGCACAUAGAAGUAGCCCAAAAACACGGUCACAUUGAACAAAGGCAAACCGUGCCACAUCAAGAAGCUGAAAGAGUAGUCUCCAAUGAGUUAAUAGAAGAAAACCUCGACUGUUUCAAUGAUCUACCCAUGUUGGAUGAGGUCCUGAAAGAACCUGAUGCUACUCAACGUAACUGUGAAAACAUGUAUAUGACGACGUCACAUACUUUUAGUGACAUGGCUAGCAUGGAUCUGUCGAGUCCAGUAAAUUCCUCCUCGAACAACUCCAGGUCCGAACCAGUAAGACUCAACCCGCUGUGCAUCCAGCCUGGACCGCAUCCAAGUUAUGACCCACUACAAUAUGCAAAUACAAGUGAUCCAUACGGGCCGGGUGUUGGGUUUGGGUACCCGUAUCCUCAGUCUGGUCAUUAUGCUAACUAUGGUUACCCUGGUAGUUCUAGCCACUAUGGUCAACCAGAUUAUACAAGUCAGCAUGCUAGCUAUGGUUACCCUGGUAGCAGUAGCAACUAUGGUCAACCAGAAUUUACGAGUCAAGAGGACGUUUGGCCACCAGGUACCACCCCUCAUGGGUAUAGGUACAAUUAGAAAUUAUCAUGGUUUAACUGCUUAUUUUGUAUGAAUGAAUUAGAACUAUAUCAGAGGACUGAAAACAUAUUCAUAUCUGAUUUCUAAUAUUUAAAAAACUGGAAAUUUAGUAGCAUUUCACA